UGAGCCAGCAUUGGAACCCAGGUUAUUUUCCCAGACCCGACAAAUUCCAGAAAAACACACUUGAUUAUUUUCACCUAGGGUAGCAGUAUGGCAAGCCUUAGAAGCAGAAGGAACGCAUUUUCAUUUUUCCUGGAAUUUUGAAGUUAGGAGUGUUCGAGGGUGACCCAGUGUUUCUCAAACUCUUGGGAUGCCUCUUGCAUCAGGAUCUGGGGAAGUCUGGGUUUUUUACUUUUUAUUUUUUAAAUAUAUGGAUUCAUGAUCCUACCUUAUUCCUGGCAGCCUCCAACGUCAUAACUGUUUCUUCUCCCUAGGUUAGGAGAGAAUUGUUUGCAAUUUGAAGCACCUAAUGAGAAUUUUAGUUAAGUUACACGAAAUGUCUGUUUCUGUACCUCAGGGGGGAUAUGAAGUAGUAUUAUCAUAACAGUCCUGAACUGACAGGAAAAAAAAAAAAGUCUCUGUAUUAACCAGAAACAAAAGUUAUUUCUAAUACAGCAUGAGUGUAAAAAUUUAAAAAUGGGACCCAGGGUUUUCUGUGCAGGUUCCCCACUUCCAAGAUGGGUGCCCAGUGACAUGUAUGGGUUAUCUGUUGGUGAGAUUUAGGGAGGAUUCCAGACCUUAACAGCCCUUUGGUUGAAUCCCCUCACAUUGUAGCAGAUAAGGCUGCUUAAUUCUCAUUUUGUAGGUGUGGCAGCUGAACCUCAGAAGUUAAGUGCCUUGUUCAAAGUGACCCAGUUUGUGGUGGGUCUAGGUCUUUUUAGCAGGGCUUUGCCUUGCUUGCUCCCUCUACCAACAUGCUUUGCCCCUACAACUGGCAUGACCAAUAUCCUUGUCUUUCAGGUGUUUUCUCCUUAGAUGCCAUCCCAUCCCACCCCACCAAUAUGUAUUACAUAACCCUACCACUGUUGACCACAAGUAACUAAAACAAUGGAAAGUGAAACCCUGGAUAAGAGGAGAACUACUGUGUAACUGAAGACCCAUGUGUGCCACACCACGAAUGACCUCUCCCUGUGCCCCCAGGACCGCCUUGAACUCCCCAGAUUUCCAGGCCUUUUGUCUCCACGUCUUACUGCCAUGAUGGAUGUGAGCGAACUUGGAGAGUCUGCCCGCUACCUCCGCCAGGGCUAUCAGGAGCUGAUGAAGGUGCACACUGUCCCGUGGGAUGGAAAGAAGCGGGUCUGGGUGCCAGAUGAACAGGAUGCCUAUGUGGAGGCCGAGGUCAAGUCAGAGGCUACCGGGGGCAGAGUCAACGUGGAGACCAAAGACCAGAAGGUGUUGACAGUACGGGAAACCGAGUUGCAGCCUAUGAACCCGCCCCGAUUCGACUUACUCGAGGACAUGGCCAUGAUGACACACCUCAAUGAGGCCUCGGUGCUGCACAACCUGCGCCAGCGUUAUGCUCGCUGGAUGAUCUACACGUACUCGGGCCUCUUCUGUGUCACCAUCAACCCCUACAAAUGGCUCCCUGUCUACACGGCUUCAGUUGUGGCCGCUUACAAGGGAAAGCGCCGCUCUGAGGCCCCGCCUCAUAUUUAUGCAGUGGCCGAUAACGCCUACAACGACAUGCUGCGCAACAGGGAGAACCAGUCCAUGCUGAUCACCGGAGAGUCUGGGGCCGGUAAGACGGUUAACACCAAGCGGGUCAUUCAGUACUUUGCCAUCGUCGCAGCCCUGGGAGACGGGCCAGGCAAGAAGGCCCAAUUUCUGGCAACAAAGACUGGGGGCACCCUUGAGGAUCAAAUCAUUGAGGCUAACCCUGCCAUGGAGUCCUUUGGCAAUGCCAAGACCCUGAGGAAUGACAACUCUUCCCGCUUUGGCAAGUUCAUCCGCAUUCACUUUGGUCCCUCUGGGAAGCUGGCCUCUGCGGAUAUUGACAGCUAUCUCCUAGAGAAAUCUCGAGUGAUCUUCCAACUGCCUGGUGAGCGUGGCUACCACAUCUACUACCAGAUCCUCUCUGGGAAGAAGCCAGAGCUUCAGGAUAUGCUGCUUCUGUCAAUGAACCCCUACGACUACCAUUUCUGCAGCCAGGGUGUCAUCACCGUGGAUAAUAUGGACGAUGGAGAGGAACUCAUCGCCACAGACCAUGCCAUGGACAUCCUGGGCUUCAGUGUGGAUGAGAAGUGUGCCUGCUACAAGAUCGUGGGUGCCCUCCUGCACUUUGGCAACAUGAAGUUCAAGCAGAAGCAGCGAGAGGAGCAGGCUGAGGCUGAUGGCACUGAGAGUGCUGAUAAGGCUGCUUACCUGAUGGGCGUCAGCAGUGGGGACCUCCUCAAGGGCCUUCUGCACCCCCGGGUGCGUGUAGGGAAUGAGUAUGUGACCAAGGGGCAGAGUGUGGAGCAGGUGGUGUUUGCUGUGGGGGCUCUGGCCAAGGCCACUUAUGACCGGCUGUUUCGGUGGCUGGUGUCUCGGAUCAACCAGACACUGGACACAAAGCUGCCCCGACAGUUCUUCAUUGGGGUCCUGGACAUUGCUGGCUUUGAGAUCUUUGAGUUCAACAGCUUUGAGCAGCUGUGCAUCAACUUCACCAAUGAGAAGCUGCAGCAGUUCUUCAACCAGCACAUGUUUGUGCUGGAGCAGGAGGAGUACAAGCGUGAGGGCAUUGACUGGGUCUUCAUUGACUUUGGCCUUGACCUGCAGCCCUGCAUUGACCUCAUUGAGAAGCCGCUGGGCAUCCUGUCCAUCCUGGAGGAGGAGUGCAUGUUCCCCAAGGCCUCUGAUGCCAGCUUCCGGGCCAAGCUCUAUGACAACCAUGCAGGGAAAUCACCCAAUUUCCAGCAGCCUCGGCCUGACAAGAAGCGCAAGUACCAGGCCCACUUUGAGGUGGUCCACUAUGCAGGCGUGGUGCCUUACAGCAUUGUGGGCUGGCUGGAGAAAAACAAGGAUCCCUUGAAUGAGACUGUGGUCCCCAUAUUUCAAAAGUCACAGAACAGGCUCUUGGCCACCCUCUAUGAGAACUAUGCAGGCUCUUGCUCCACUGAGCCCCCAAAGUCUGGGGUGAAAGAGAAGCGCAAGAAGGCAGCAUCAUUCCAGACGGUGUCCCAGCUGCACAAGGAGAACCUCAACAAAUUGAUGACCAACCUGCGGGCCACACAGCCCCACUUUGUUCGCUGCAUUGUCCCCAACGAGAACAAGACCCCAGGGGUCAUGGAUGCCUUCUUGGUGCUGCACCAGCUACGCUGCAAUGGGGUCCUGGAGGGGAUCCGCAUCUGCCGCCAAGGAUUCCCCAACAGGCUGCUCUAUGCUGACUUCAGGCAGCGGUACCGCAUCCUAAAUCCCAGUGCCAUCCCAGAUGACACCUUCAUGGACAGCAGGAAGGCCACAGAGAAGCUGCUGGGCUCACUGGACAUUGAACACACCCAGUACCAGUUUGGCCACACCAAGGUGUUCUUCAAGGCUGGGCUUCUAGGUGUCCUAGAGGAGCUCCGUGAUCAGCGCCUGGCCAAGGUGCUGACAUUGCUACAGGCACGGAGCCGGGGUCGCCUCAUGAGACUUGAGUACCAGCGCAUGCUGGGAGGCAGGGAUGCCCUGUUCACCAUCCAGUGGAACAUCCGUGCCUUCAAUGCUGUCAAGAAUUGGUCAUGGAUGAAGCUCUUCUUCAAGAUGAAGCCACUCUUGCGCUCAGCACAGGCUGAGGAGGAGUUGGCGGCCCUGCGAGCAGAGCUGCGGGGGCUUCGAGGGGCACUCGCUGCUGCUGAGGCUAAGCGCCAGGAGCUGGAAGAGACUCAUGUCAGUGUCACCCAGGAGAAGAAUGACCUGGCCUUGCAGCUACAGGCAGAGCAGGAGAACCUGGCAGAUGCUGAGGAGCGCUGCCACCUGCUGAUCAAGUCCAAGGUGCAGCUUGAGGCGAAGGUGAAGGAGCUGAAUGAGCGACUGGAGGAUGAGGAGGAGGUGAACGCCGACCUGGCGGCUCGCCGGCGCAAGCUGGAGGAUGAAUGCACAGAGCUCAAGAAGGACAUUGAUGACCUGGAGCUGACUCUGGCCAAGGCUGAGAAAGAAAAGCAAGCCACUGAGAACAAGGUGAAGAACCUGACAGAGGAGAUGGCCACAUUGGAUGAAUCAGUGGCCCGGCUGACCAAGGAGAAGAAGGCAUUGCAGGAGGCCCACCAGCAGGCCCUGGGCGACCUACAGGCUGAGGAGGACCGUGUCAGUGCCCUGGCCAAGGCCAAGCUGCGGCUGGAGCAGCAGGUGGAGGAUCUGGAGUGCUCCUUGGAGCAGGAGAAGAAGCUGCGCAUGGACACUGAGCGGGCCAAGCGCAAGCUCGAGGGCGACCUGAAGCUGACACAGGAGGCGGUGACAGAUACUACGCAGGACAAGCAGCAGCUGGAGGAGAAGCUCAAGAAGAAGGACUCAGAGCUGAGUCAGCUGAACCUGCGGGUGGAAGACGAGCAGCUCCUGGGCACCCAGCUGCAAAAGAAGAUCAAGGAGCUGCAGGCACGGGCGGAGGAGCUGGAGGAAGAGCUGGAGGCUGAACGUGCAGCCAGGGCCCGGGUGGAAAAGCAGCGGGCAGAAGCGGCUCGGGAGCUGGAAGAGCUGAGUGAACGACUCGAGGAAGCUGGUGGUGCCUCGGCCGGGCAGCGUGAGGGCUGCCGCAAGCGCGAGGCUGAGCUGGGCCGGCUCCGGAGGGAACUGGAGGAAGCGGCACUGAGGCACGAGGCCACAGUGGCAGCCCUGCGGCGCAAGCAGGCAGAUGGUGCAGCUGAGCUGGGAGAACAGGUGGAUAGCUUGCAGCGGAUACGGCAAAAGCUGGAAAAGGAGAAGAGCGAGCUGCGCAUGGAGGUGGACGAUCUGGGUGCCAGCGUGGAGACUCUGGCCCGAGGCAAGGCCAGUGCAGAGAAACUGUGCAGGGCCUAUGAGGAUCAGCUAAGUGAGGCUAAGAUCAAGGUGGAGGAGCUGCAGCGGCAACUGGUGGAUGUGAACACCCAGCGUGGGCGAUUGCAGACUGAGAAUGGGGAGCUGGGCCGCCUGCUGGAGGAGAAGGAGUCUCUGAUCAGCCAGCUGAGCCGUGGGAAGGCCUCAGCUGCCCAGAGCCUGGAGGAACUGCGGAGGCAGCUAGAGGAAGAGAGCAAGGCCAAGAGUGCGCUGGCCCAUGCUGUGCAGGCUUUGCGACAUGACUGUGACCUCCUACGGGAACAGCAUGAGGAGGAGGCUGAGGCCCAGGCUGAGAUGCAGCGGCUGCUAUCCAAGGCCAAUGCUGAGGUGGCCCAGUGGAGGAGCAAGUAUGAGGCAGAUGCCAUCCAAAGGACUGAGGAGCUGGAAGAGGCCAAAAAGAAGCUGGCCCUGCGGCUACAGGAGGCAGAAGAGGGUGUAGAGGCUGCAAAUGCCAAGUGUUCAUCACUGGAGAAGGCCAAGCUGCGGCUGCAGACGGAGUCAGAGGAUGUGACUCUGGAGCUGGAGCGGGCAACCUCAGCAGCUGCUGCACUGGACAAGAAGCAGCGGCACUUGGAGAGGGCCCUGGAGGAGCGGCGGCGACAGGAGGAGGAGAUGCAGCGGGAGCUGGAGGCGGCACAGAGGGAGGCCCGUGGCCUAGGCACAGAGCUCUUUCGGCUACGCCAUAGCCACGAGGAGGCACUUGAGGCUCUGGAGACACUCAAGAGGGAGAACAAGAAUCUACAGGAGGAGAUCAGUGACCUCACAGACCAGGUCAGCCUCAACGGGAAGAGCAUCCAGGAACUAGAAAAAGCCAAGAAGGCAUUGGAAGGGGAGAAGAGUGAGCUGCAGGCAGCACUGGAGGAGGCUGAGGGGGCCUUGGAACUGGAGGAGACUAAGACACUGCGGAUCCAGCUGGAGCUGUCCCAGGUCAAGGCAGAAGUGGAUCGAAAGCUGGCAGAAAAGGAUGAGGAGUGCACUAACCUGAGGCGCAACCAUCAGCGUGCAGUGGAGUCCCUGCAGGCCUCCCUGGAUGCAGAGACGCGGGCCCGGAAUGAGGCGCUACGGCUUAAGAAGAAGAUGGAGGGUGACCUCAAUGACCUGGAGCUGCAGCUGGGCCAUGCCACCCGCCAGGCUAUGGAGGCACAGGCAGCCACGCGACUGCUGCAGGCCCAACUCAAGGAGGAACAAGCAGGGCGUGAUGAGGAGCAGCGGCUGGCUGCUGAGCUCCGUGAGCAGGCACAGGCCCUGGAGCGCCGCACAGCGUUGUUGGCUGCAGAGCUGGAGGAGCUGCGGGCUGCCCUGGAACAGGGCGAACGCAGCCGGCGGCUGGCAGAGCAGGAACUAUUGGAGGCCACUGAGCGCCUCAAUCUCCUCCAUUCACAGAACACGGGGCUUCUGAACCAGAAAAAGAAGCUAGAGGUGGACUUGGCCCAGCUGAGCGGGGAGGUAGAGGAGGCUGCUCAGGAGCGGCGGGAGGCUGAGGAGAAGGCCAAAAAGGCCAUUACUGAUGCGGCCAUGAUGGCUGAGGAGCUGAAGAAGGAGCAGGACACAAGUGCACACCUGGAACGGAUGAAGAAGACUCUGGAACAGACGGUGCGGGAGCUGCAGGCACGCCUUGAGGAGGCGGAACAGGCCGCCCUCAGGGGUGGGAAGAAGCAGGUGCAGAAGCUGGAGGCCAAGGUGCGGGAGCUGGAGGCCGAGCUUGAUGCAGAGCAGAAGAAGCAUGCUGAGGCCCUCAAGGGUGUGCGCAAACAUGAGCGCCGGGUCAAGGAACUUGUGUACCAGGCCGAGGAGGACAGGAAGAACCUGGCUCGCAUGCAGGACCUGGUAGACAAGCUGCAGAGCAAAGUCAAGAGCUACAAGCGCCAGUUUGAGGAGGCGGAGCAGCAGGCUAGCACCAACCUGGCUAAGUAUCGCAAGGCCCAGCAUGAGUUGGAUGAUGCGGAGGAGCGGGCUGACAUGGCAGAGACCCAGGCCAAUAAGCUGCGGGCGCGGACCAGGGAUGCCCUGGGCCCCAAGCACAAGGAGUGAGAGCCUGAGUCUCGAGCCCCUGGGCUAUGAAGAAGGAUGUCUAUUGUCCCGUGGUUUCUUCACCCCCUUUGGCUGUCACUCCAACUUCCCCAAGCUCUGGAUCACCCUAAAUAAAGGCCACGUCUGCAGCAA